AUAAAGAUAAUUGAUAAGACACAGCUGGAUGAGGAGAACCUGAAGAAGAUAUUUAGAGAAGUUCAGAUCAUGAAGAUGCUUUGCCACCCACAUAUCAUCAGGUUAUACCAGGUUAUGGAGACGGAGAGGAUGAUUUAUCUAGUGACAGAGUAUGCUAGUGGAGGGGAAAUAUUUGAUCACUUGGUGGCCCACGGACGUAUGGCGGAGAAGGAAGCCCGGAGAAAGUUCAAGCAAAUAGUGGCUGCUGUCAACUUUUGUCACUGUCGUAAUAUAGUCCACAGAGAUCUGAAGGCAGAAAAUCUACUUCUGGAUGCCAACCUUAACAUCAAAAUAGCAGAUUUUGGGUUCAGUAACAUCUUCACACCUGGUCAGCUGCUUAAAACCUGGUGCGGGAGUCCUCCCUAUGCUGCUCCAGAGCUCUUUGAAGGAAAGGAAUACGAUGGGCCAAAGGUUGACAUUUGGAGUCUCGGCGUGGUGCUGUACGUGCUGGUCUGCGGCGCUCUGCCCUUCGACGGGAGCACGCUGCAGAACCUGCGGGCGAGGGUGCUCAGUGGGAAAUUUCGCAUUCCAUUUUUCAUGUCCACAGAAUGUGAACAUCUGAUCCGCCACAUGCUGGUCCUGGACCCAAGCAAGCGGCUCUCCAUGGAGCAGAUCUGCAAACACAAGUGGAUGAAGCUUGGGGAGGCUGAUGCAGAGUUUGACAGGCUGAUAGCAGAGUGUCAGCACCUAAAGACGGAGAGGCAGAUGGAGCCACCGAACGAGGAGGUGUUGCUGGCGAUGGCGGACAUGGGGCUGGACAAGGAGCGCACAAUUCAGUCGUUAAGAGCUGAUGCUUAUGAUCACUACAGUGCAAUCUACAGCCUGCUCUGCGAUCGUCUGAAGAGACACAAGAACCUGCGCAUUGCAACAUCUCCAAGUAUACCACGGACCAUGACCUUCCCCACCUCUGCUAACAUCCAGACAGAACAGGCAGGCAAUACCAUGAGCAUCAAUGUGCCACAAGUCCAGCUCAUCAACCCUGAAAACCAAAUUGUGGAGACUGACGGAACAAUGAACUUGGACAGUGAUGAAGGGGAAGAGCCGUCACCUGAAGCUCUGGUCCGUUACCUCUCAAUGAGAAGGCACACAGUUGGAGUAGCUGACCCACGGACCGAAGUCAUGGAAGAUCUGCAGAAGCUCCUGCCUGGCUUCCCCCGUGUCACUCCUCAGGCUCCGUUCCUGCAGGUGACCCCGAAUGUGAACUUCAUGCACAACGUGCUGCCUAGGCAGAACCUGCAGCCCACGGGUCAGCUGGAGUACAAGGAGCAGUCCCUGCUGCAGCCCCCGACCCUGCAGCUGCUGAACGGCAUGGGCCCUCUGGGGCGGAGGGCGUCGGAUGGCGGAGCGAACAUCCAGUUACAUGCACAGCAACUGCUGAAACGUCCUCGAGGGCCAUCUCCACUCGUCACUAUGACGCCAGCUGUCCCAGCUGUCACCCCCGUGGACGAGGAGAGCUCGGAUGGGGAGCCAGAUCAGGAAGCUGUGCAGAGAUACUUGGCAAAUAGGUCAAAAAGGCACACUCUGGCAAUGACCAACCCUACAGCUGAAAUCCCUCCAGACUUGCAGAGGCAGCUAGGACAGCAGUCCUUCCGACCCCGGGCUUGGGCUCCACACCUGGUACCCGAUCAGCACCGUUCUAUUUACAAGGACUCAAAUACUCUGCAUCUCCCCACCGAACGCUUCUCCCCAGUUCGGCGCUUCUCUGAUGGUGCUGCCAGCAUCCAGGCUUUCAAAGCCCACCUGGAGAAGAUGGGCAAUAACAGUAGCAUCAAACAGCUUCAGCAGGAGUGCGAGCAGCUUCAGAAGAUGUACGGUGGGCACAUGGACGAGAGGACGCUGGAGAAGACCCAGCAGCAGCAUAUGUUGUACCAGCAGGAGCAGCACCAUCAGAUUCUUCAUCAGCAGAUUCAGGACUGUAUCCGGCCACCCCAGCCAUCUCCACCCUUGCAAGCUCCAUGUGAAAACCAACCGGCUCUGCUCACUCACCAGCUUCAGAGGUUACGGAUUCAGCCAUCCAGCCCGCCCCCGAACCACCCUAAUAACCAUCUCUUCAGGCAACCGAACAGCAGCCCACCUCCUGUGAGCAGCAGCGUGCUCCAGCCUCACGGUAAGCGCUGACCCUUUGCUGAGCCAUCUGCGCUCCUCCGGGCGGGCCGCCCUGGGGCCCUUCCAAACCGCCGGGGAAAACAGCGGGGGCGGGGGGCUUCGGUUCCCCCCUGCGGCCGCGUCCUUGCGCGGUUUGCUGAUGCUUCGCAGCCUCAGCAGGUCACUAUCCAAGUGCAGGAACCUGGCGACAUGGUCAGCAGCAACCUCCUGCAAGGGGCCUCUGUGGGCGGGCAGGGCAUGUCCUCCCACGCGCGGGGCAUCCCCAUCAGCCCCAGCGCCAACCAGAUCCAGAUGCAGCACCGCGCUAACCUGAUGGCCUCCCUCACCUACGGCCACAGGCAGCUGUCCAAGCACAAGGCAGCCCGGCAUGCCGAGCUGGAGCUACUGCAGUGCAGUCACUCGUUCUUUUCUGUUCUUUGCAGUCUGAACGUGAACAGGUAUCCCCCUGCCAACUAUGACCAGGUGCACUUACACCCCCACCUGUUCCCAGAGCAGCCACGCGUUUCCCCCAGCAACUACAGCCCGUCAGGAGGAGUGGGGUUUCCUCCAGCUCAGCAAGCUCUGAAAGUCCCGCAGCUCGACCAGUAUCCCAGUUUCCCUCAAAACGCACAUCAACAGCAACAGCAGCACUACACCGCAUCGGCACUACAGCAAGCACUGUUGUCCCCAACACCUCCCGACUACAGCCGACACCAGCAGGUACCGCACAUCCUCCAGGGACUGCUUUCUCCCCGGCACUCGCUCACGGGGCACACGGACAUGCGGCUGCCCCAGGCAGAAUUUGCACAGCUCAUCAAACGGCGGCAGCAGCAACAGCAGCAGCAGCAAGAAUUUCAAGAGUUGUUCAGGCACAUGAGUCAAGGGGAUGCUGGGAAUAUGGGCGCCAGCAUGGGGCAGAACCUCUCGGAGCGCCAGUCGUUGUCUUUGCCUUAUCAGAGCGCCGACACGUACCACCCGCAGAACAGCCCCCAGCACCUCUUGAAAAUCAGGGCGCAAGAAUGUAUCCAGCAGGUACCUGCGUCUGUGCCGCCGCACGGAUACGUACACCAGCCAGCCCUGUUCCAUUCGGAGAGCAUGGAGGAGGACUGCGCGUGCGAGGGCGCCAGGGACAGCUUUCCAGACAGUAAGAGUUCAAACACAUUGACCAAAGGUUGCCACGAGACCCCUCUGCUUGUAAACGCAGGAGGGCACGGGGACCCCGAAUCCUUGCUAGGAACUGCUAAUCACGCGCAGGAGUUGGGGACGCAUCAGUACAGACAUCAGCCCGCU